AUGACUGAACUUCUUCUUUCACAUUGUGCAAAUAUCAAUGAAAAAGAUAAGCACGGAAAAACUGCUCUUCAUAUUGCAGCAUGGAAUAAUAAUAAUAAAGAAAUAAUCGAACUUCUUAUUUCACAUGGUAUAAAUAUCAAUGAAAAAGAUAAUAAUGGGAAAACUGCUCUUCAUAAUGCAGCUUGGUAUAACAGAUUGCAAACAGCUGAACUUCUUCUUUCACAUGGCGCAAAUAUCAAUGAUAAAGAUAAUGAUGGAAAAACUGCUUAUCAUAUUGCAGAAAAUAGAUAUAAUAGAGGAAUGGCUGAACUUCUUCUUUCGCAUGGCGCAAACAUCAGUGAAAAAGAUACACGGAUAAAAUGCUCUUCAUUAUGCAACAUUUGA